GAGGCUAGCGCAUGUGCGGUGGUGGGCUGCGGGUUCUGACAGUCAGCGGUGACUGAAAGGGAGAAAAAAAAGUGUCCCCUCUGAAAUAAAAUAUCAUAUGUCCCGGCAAAGGGAAAGAAAUAAACUCCCAUAAAACACAGCUUUUUAUAAAAAGAAAACCACACCCAAAAAGCAGAGUCGUAAUGAUCCGUUUCAUCCUUAUUCAGAACCGUGCUGGGAAAACCCGCUUGGCAAAGUGGUAUAUGCAGUUUGAUGAUGAUGAGAAACAGAAGCUCAUUGAAGAGGUUCAUGCAGUGGUGACCGUACGUGAUGCCAAACACACCAACUUUGUAGAGUUUCGAAACUUCAAGAUAAUUUAUCGGCGUUAUGCUGGACUCUACUUCUGUAUUUGCGUAGAUGUCAAUGACAACAAUCUGGUCUACCUGGAAGCUAUCCACAAUUUUGUAGAGGUUUUGAAUGAAUAUUUCCAUAACGUCUGUGAACUAGAUCUUGUCUUCAACUUCUACAAGGUAUAUACAGUGGUGGAUGAAAUGUUUCUUGCAGGCGAGAUCAGGGAAACGAGCCAGACAAAGGUGCUAAAACAGCUCCUCAUGCUGCAGUCCUUGGAAUGAAAGUUUUGAUCCAAAACUGAAAGAACAUUAGGCAGCAGCGCUCUCCCUUCAUGUUCCAUUGGUGUGUGUGUGUGCGCGCGUGUAUGUGUGUGGGAGUGAGUAAAAAGAGAUGAAUGAAACAUACAGGGAACAGUGAACGUUAACCCAAUUACUACAGGAGAAUGACCAUUUAACCUGUCAAAUCCCACUGAAAUAUUAUGUAAUGCUUUCAACAUCUCUGAAAUGAGUUAAUCUGAUUGUAAAGGGACUCUGUGCCUCUGGUUAUCUGGCUGUUGAUUCAUUGCUAUCCACACAAAACUCUGAAUUUUGGAGGCUGCACUGUCAAAUUAACCUCAGCUCUAGGCAAAUAAUUGUUUUGUGCAGGUCAAUUCAACUUUGUUCAAGGAGAGAGGACAAGUACAAGCACACUGCAGGACCAUUAAUGUAAUCUGAACACAAGACUAAGCUUUCAGCAGUGUUAUCAAUAGAAGUUCAAAUGAAAGCAGCAGUGGGCGAGUGAAAUUUUCAAAUUGUGUCCAUUGUCUUAGUUGCACAUUUUACUGUUCCUGCAGAGAGUUAUGCCCAGUAACAUAAGAAACAUUAGUGGUGGGACCAAAUUUGAGAGAUUAUCGUGCUAGAAACACUUCUAACACAUUUUUCUCCUUUGGUAUAAUAUGUGAGUGAUGGUGUGCUGGAUACAAUUAACACUGCAAGGUUGGUGUGUUUUUGUCACCGUAAUUUACAAAUUGUUCUGCCAAUUUAACUGCCUCCGGUUUAGUUUUAAAGAAGCCAAGAUAUUUGGCCUCAAGGUCACUGUUACUUUGGGUUAGGGCCCAUUUAAACUUAUACCAAGUACUGUGACUGGGAGCAUUGUUUUGAUUAGAUUUGUUGGAGCUAAAUAAUGGAGCUCUAUUCGACAUGUAUCAUGCAUUUUUCAAUGCUCCUUCCACCCAGAGACCAAAAUGUAACAUUUCCUUCAUCCAAAGGAAGAGGGAACAAUCUGGAAUUAUUGAUUCAGGACUUUGAGGUUGAGAUUCCCACAGACUGCAUUGGGUGCCAUUAUUCUUCCAAUAGGAAGGCUUGAUGGAAGCCAUCAGGAAAGUCGCCAGUCAAAUAACCAGAAUUCAGUAACCUGUGUUUGUAGUUUACAGAGAACAGUAUUUUCUUUAUAAUUUUUUUUACCAUUUUAUUCCAAGUAAGACAUAGAAUUUGUGAUAAUUGAAGCUCGUAAUUGAAUUGUCUGUAGAAAUGUGCAGAAAACAUUGUAGAUACAUUUAAUUUUUUUCCAUUUACCAAUUCACUGAAUGAUGCUGGCACUACUAGCUGUGACCUUGUUCUGUGUAACUGUUAGUUAAUGACAAAACUUCUGGAUUUAUAGUUAUCCAAAGCUCUGGAAAGCCACCAGUCAAAAUUAUCUGAUUGAAAGAAUAAAUGUAAAUGCUGACUGAA